UUUCUUUAACUUGCUUCACUUCAUUUUUGCACUCUCCUCUUCCUUUUCUUCCUUUAUCCUCUUUUCACUUUUUUCUUAUUUCCCCCCAGUUUUGCUCCCUUCACAUAUCUUCUCCUCUUCCUUUUUCAUUUAUUCCAAGCCUUCAUUCAUUGCCUUUCCUUUCCUUUCCUUUCCUUCCUUUUUUUUUUUUUUUUUUUUUUUUUUUUUUUUUUCUUUUUUUCUUUUUUUCUUUUUUUCUUUUCCUCCCUCAUCUUCAUCUCCACAGCUUACAUUGUCACAAUUUUGAACCAUCCUGCUACUGACUUACCAUACUUAACAAUUUGAUCAAACUUUUCCUGUUUUCUGUCCUCCGUCCAUUACGCCCUUGUUUUUAAACAGUUUUGAAAUCACAAUGGGAAGCGGAACAACAACACCAAAUGGUCCAUCUAGACGUGGUUCGAUUGAAAGAAAAAGAGAGGUUGAGAAAGAGCCAACCAACCUAAGGAUUUAUUGUAUUGUUGCUAGAGAAGCAACGUCUUUUCCUGUAAAUAUCCCUUCUGAUCGUUCAGUCGGUGAACUCAAGCAAGCCAUCAAGGCAGCGAAGAAGCCAGAACUCGAUCAUGUUGCCGCAGACAAGCUCACGCUCUGGAGAACAGUCAACCCCAGGAGAGAUAAGGACAAUAAAGUAGAUCUUAAUGGCACCGUUGAAAAGACAGAGCUCGAUGACGAGAGGGCACUUCUUUCUGAGCUGGACGAGCUGACCAGCCGAAGGACAUAUGUUAUUGUCAAGCUGCCGCCGCCAGACAUCGGAACAGAUUCUCAAGAGAAAAAUGGACGAAGAUCCACAGUAUAUUUCACCUUCAAAGAAGAUACGCAUUGAGGAAGGGUGGAGAGAAUACAGGGCUUCUGAUGGCA